AAUAAAAUGGAUAAAACUUCUAUUCUUGAAGAGAUUCUUCUAAAGAGGUCACAGCAGAAGAAGAAAACAUCACCUAGUAAUUACAAAGAGCGACUUUUUGUUCUGACUAAAACAAAUCUCUCUUAUUACGACUACGACAAAAUGAAAAGAGGAAGUAAAAAGGGAUCAAUAGAGAUUAAGAAAAUCCGAUGUGUUGAGACUGUGAAUAUUGAGGAACAGACUCCUGUGGAGAGACAAUAUCCAUUUCAGAUUGUUUAUAAGGAGGGACUUCUCUAUGUCUAUGCAUCAAAUGAGGAGAGCCGAAGUCACUGGUUGAAAGCUUUAAGAAAAGAGAUCAAGGGUAACCCCCAUUUGCUAAACAAGUACCACAGUGGAUUCUUCAUUAAUGGAAAGUUUCUGUGCUGUCAACAGAGUUGUAAAGCUGCUCCAGGAUGUACCCUUUGGGAAGAAUAUGCAAAUCUGCAGAUUGCACCCACUCCCUUUGAACCAUUUCUUCACAUCCCUGACAAACCGGUGAAGAUUCCUCAUCCAGUCUCGGUCUUUCCAGAAGAUGAAUCGCCCCUAAAGACCGCAGUGGAAGAGUGGGACUCUGAGUCCAAGAGGAACUCGGAGGUCCAGCCCAAUAUCAGCAACCUAUAUGCUCUGAAGCAUGAGUCUCCUGACGAGUGGCCAGUUAAAACUAAGCAAAGUAAUGAAAACUUUCUUCUGGAAAGCCAACCGAACAGAAUUUUCAAAUGUCAAAGAGCUUCAAAGAUUUCAUGGGCAGACCCUGGAUCUGGGUGCCCGGAAGAAGAAGAUGAAGGAAAAAGAGAAGAUGAAGGAAGAAAAGGAGAAGAAGAAGAGGAAGGUAGUCUGGAUAAUUAUGACUGGUUUGCGGGAACUAUGACAAGAGCCCUCUCAGAACAGUUACUGAGACAAAAGGGUAAAGAAGGAGCUUUUAUGGUUCGAAAUUCCAGUCAAGCAGGAAUGUACACAGUGUCCUUAUUCAGUAUGGCCUUUGAUGACAAAAAAGGAACCGUCAAGCAUUAUCAUGUGCACACAAAUGCAGAAAACAAAUUGUACCUAGCAGAAAAUUACUGUUUUGAUUCAAUUCCCAAACUAAUCCAUUAUCAUCAACACAAUUCAGCAGGCAUGAUUACCCGGCUUCGACAUCCUGUUUCCAACAAAACCACAAAGGUCCCCUCCACAGCAUCCUUGGGAACUGGAGUUUGGGAACUGAAACGAGAAGAGAUUGUCUUGAUAAAGGAAUUGGGUUGUGGACAGUUUGGAGUGGUGCACUUGGGGAAGUGGAAAGGGAAGUAUGAUGUCGCAGUUAAAAUGAUUAAGGAAGGAGCAAUGUCAGAAGACGAAUUCAUACAGGAAGCCCAGACCAUGAUGAAACUUAGUCAUCCCAAGCUCGUUAAACUCUAUGGAGUGUGCACCAGGAGAUAUCCCAUCUAUAUAGUGACUGAAUACAUCCCUAAUGGCUGUUUGCUUACUUAUUUAAAAUGCCACGGAAAGGAACUCCAACCCAUUCAGCUGCUGGAAAUGUGCCAUAACGUCUGUGAAGGUAUGGCCUUCUUAGAGAACCUUCAGUUCCUACACCGAGACUUGGCUGCUAGGAAUUGCUUGGUUGACGGUGAUCUGACUGUGAAAGUAACUGAUUUUGGGAUGACACGGUAUGUUCUGGACGACCAGUAUGUCAGCUCUGUAGGAACUAAGUUUCCUGUCAGGUGGUCCGCACCCGAGGUUUUUCACUACUCCAAAUACAGCAGCAAGUCAGACGUGUGGGCCUUUGGGAUCCUGAUGUGGGAGGUUUUCAGCCUGGGGAAACAACCCUACGAGCUCUACGACAACACCCAGGUAGUGGAGAAGGUCUCCCAAGGUUAUCGGCUCUACCGACCGCAGUUAGCUUCCGACAGCAUCUAUCGGAUCAUGCACAGCUGCUGGCGUGAGCAUCCAGAAAAGCGUCCCACCUUUCAGCAGCUUUUAUCUACUAUUGAACCUCUCCAAGAAGAUGACAAGUCUUGAUGAAGACAGGCCACAGAGCUUGGUUGUGAAUGUUGGUGGCUGCACCUUCAGGCUUUCAAGUGGAAACGAGGGAACGGAUGCUCUGAAAUCUAGAUACUGCAAUUCAGUUUUACCCUGCUUAUUGUUUACCCUUUAACUCACUGAGAAAUUGAACAAGGUAAGAUUUCAAAAGAGAGCUCUUAAGAUUGUGGGGGGUGAGUGGGGUAGACCUGUAGUUAUCAUAGGACGUAUCACGGAGGAGUAGUUGCAUUUGUUUAUUCUAAGGAUGAACCUGUAUUGGUUUUUUAAACAUUGACCAGGAAAUGAAAAAUAUUAAAAUU